CCGAACCCACCAGGACCGUCCGUGACCGUCGCUGUCAGUGGACGGUUCCACGGUUCCUCUCCCCCAUGGACGGAACCAGGAACCCACGCAUCCCCCGCCAGCCUUAGCCGAGCUGCGAGGCCUCUCUCCGGACAUGGACGAGCAGGCGGGCCCCGCGGUGCUCCUCGACUUGCCCGGCGGGGGCGGCGUCAAAGCGCCGCAGCCCGGCGACGGAGAGGCAGCCCGGGCUCAGUACAGCAUCCCUGGCAUCUUUCACUUCCUCCAGCACGAAUGGGCCCGCUACGAGGUGGACCGGGCCCAGUGGGACGUCGAACGCUCCGAGCUGCAGGCUCAGAUCGCAUUCCUGCAGGGAGAGCGCCGAGGUCAGGAGAACCUGAAGAAAGACCUGGUGAGACGCAUCAAGAUGCUGGAGUACGCACUCAAACAAGAAAGAUCCAAACAUCACAAGCUAAAGUAUGGCACAGAGUUGAUCCAAGGAGACGUCAAAGUACCCAGUUAUGAUUCAGAUGAAGCCAGUGAAGUGGAUAUGCACACUCUUUCAAACAGCAGUCAUCAACUGAGCUGGAAACAAGGACAACUGCUUCUCACACAGUACCUACAGGAAGUUGGCUACACGGAUGCCAUCUUGGACGUGAAAUCUCGGCGUGUACGUGCGUUGUUGGGACUUAGCGCCGAUGCAGAGGACACAACAGAGAGGCGCGAAUACGAAAGAGAACACGUGGUCAACAGUCCUCACGGCUCUGUGGCCAGCAGAGCUGACUCCUCCAGCUCCACUGCCAUUUUGGAGGCCUUCAAGCUGAUCGAGAACGCCGUCGCCAACUUCAGCGACGAGGAAGAGGACGACAACAGCAGCAGUGGCGAGGGGCGGGACACAGGAAUCCUCGAUAUGGUGAGGAGAAAGCAGUCACCUACGCCGCCAUCAACGACCUCUGACCUGAGUGACGACCCAGACACCGAGGAGGCUCUCAAGGGUUUCGACUUCCUAUCAAGCCAUGAGGAUAGUAGUCAAUGGGACAAGGAGACGGAGGUGGCAUGGGAUGUGGACGAGGGUGUGAUCACACAGCUGAAGGAGGAGUAUCGGCGGGAGCGCCGCAGCAAGAAGGGUGUCAAACGCCCAAACCGUUCUAAGCUCCAGGACAUGCUGGCUAACUUGCGCGAUGCCGAGGAGAUUCCCGCCACGCAGUGCCCGGCAACGCCCCCGGCUCGGCCCGCCCCCGCCACCAGACUCAAUGAGCACGAAGUGGAUGAGGGCGCCGCCUUCCUGCCGUCACCUGGCAAGUCAUUCAUUUUGGGCCGUGUGGAUGAUGCGGUCGCUAGUGACUUGGGACUUGGAGAACUGGCUGGCCUGACGGUUGCUAAUGAGGCUGAUGGACUCACCUACCCGUUAAGCAGCGGUCAGGAUGCGCUGAGGAAAACGUGGAACGCCAAAUUUACGCUGCGCAGCCAUUUUGACGCCCUCCGCGGGCUGGCCUUUCACCCGGUCGAGCCGGUCCUAGUUACCGCCUCAGAUGACGGCACGCUCAAACUAUGGAACCUCGACAAGACCACACCCACCAAGAAGUGUGCAUCCGUGGAUGUGGAACCAAUCUACUCGUUCAGAGGUCACAGUGGCGCCGUUCUGUGCGUCACCAUGAGCGGCAAUGGCGAGCAGUGCUUCAGCGGUGGCCUAGAUGGCACCAUCCAGAGCUGGAACGUGCCCUGCCACAACAGUGACCCCUACGACUCUUAUGAGCUGUCGGUCCUGAGGGGGGCGCUGUGUGGCCACACCGACGCAGUGUGGGGCGUGGCCUACAGCUCCAUCCACCACCGCCUCCUCUCCUGCUCGGCCGAUGGAACCGUACGUCUGUGGAACACCGCCACCGUUUCGCCAUCGCUUGCAGUUUUCAACCAGAGAGGAGAACUCGGUGUUCCGACGUCCGUGGACUUGUCGAGCAGCGAUCCGACUCACGCGGUCGCGUCCUUCUCCGAUGGCCAUGUCUGCAUCUUCGACAUGGAGACUCAGCAGCUGAUUCUCAAGAUGGAAUCGGCAGGAACUGCAGAUUCUCCUCAUCCAAUCAACAAAGUGCUUAGUCAUCCCACGCUGCCUGUCAGCAUUACGGCGCAUGAGGACAGACACAUACGAUUUUUUGACAACAACACGGGUAAGCUAGCACACUCCAUGGUGGCGCACUUGGAUGCAGUGACCAGUCUUGCUGUGGAUCCAAACGGAAUUUACCUCAUGUCCGGAAGCCACGACUGCUCAGUCCGUGUAUGGAACGUGUCGAGCAAGACGUGUAUCCAGGAGUUCACGGCCCACCGCAAGAAGUUUGACGAGUCCAUCCAGGAUGUGGCCUUCCACCCCGCCAAGUGCUACAUCGCUAGCGCGGGGGCCGACGCCCUGGCCAAAGUCUUCGUCUGACCGCCGUCUCACUGGCCCAAAUCCAUCUACUAUAGCGCAAGGGCGUAGGUUUGCAUAGGGACGGUAGGGACAAAACACUACCAACUUUUCAGGGUGCUCAAAUUGUCCCCACCAACUUUUAAGAAACUUUAUUUAAGUUAUAUUGUGGCUUCAGUUAUAUACAGUGGGGCAAAUAAGUAGUAAACCACUAAUUGUGCAAGUUCUCCCACUUGAAAACACAGACUUUCAACUCACUCCACAGAUUUUCUACGGGGUUGAGAUCUGGAGACUGGCUAGGCGUUCCUUACUGAACUAAUACAGAAUAUAAAUGAAUAGAUACAUUUCUAUGCAUUUUAAAAGUUUUGGGGAUGUCCUUUUUUUUCUCUGCCUGUACAACUUUGGGCGCUAGGGGGGGCGUCCCAUAUUAUUUCUGAAAGGUGGCAACCCUACCAUUUAUUUUAAGUAAAAAUUGCAAACAAGACCUUGAAAUGCUUCUUACGAAGCCACUCCUUUGUUGCCCUGGCUGUGUGUUUGGUAUCAUUGUCAUGCUGAAAGACCCAGCCACGUCUCAUCUUCAAGGCCCUUGCUGAUGGAAGGAGAUUUUCACUCAAAAUCUCUCGAUACAUGACCCCAUUCAUUCUUUCCUUUACACAGAUCAGUCGUCCUGGUCCCUUUGCAGAAAACUAGUCCCAAAGCAUGAUGUUUCCACCCCCAUGUUUCACAGUGGGUAUAGUGCAAUUCAGUAUUCUUUUUCCUCCAAACACGAGAACCUGUGUUUCUACCAAAAAGUUCUAUUUUGGUUUCAUCUGACCAUAACACAUUCUCUCAGUCCUCUUCUGGAUCAUCCAAAUGCUCUCUAGCGAACCGCAGAAGGGCCUAGAUGUGUACUUUCUUCAGCAGGGGGACACAUCUGGCAGUGCAGCAUUCGAGCCCCUGGCGGCGCAUUGUGUUACUGAUAGUAGCCUUUGUUACUGUGGUCCCAGCUCUCUGUAGGUCAUUCACUAGGUGCCCCCGUGUGGUUCUGGGAUUUUUGCUCACCGUUCUUGUUAUCAUUUUGAUGCCACGGGGUGAGGAGGGAGUUGAAAGUCCGUGUUGCCCAACGACAGCCCCAAAACAUCGCUGCUCUAGAGGAGAUCUGCAUGGAGGAACGGGCCAAAAUACCAGCAACAGUGUGUGAAAAGCUUGUGAAGAGUUACAGAAAACGUUUGGCCACCGUUAUUGCCAACAAAGGGUACAUAACAAAGUAUUGAGAUGAACUUUUGGUAUUGACCAAAUACUUAUUUUCCACCAUGAUUUGCAAAUAAAUUCUUUAAAAAUCAAACAAUGUGAUUUUCUGUGUUUUUCCCCCCCCCACAUUCUGUCUGUCAUGGUUGAGGUUUACCCAUGUUGACAAUUACAGGCCUCUAGUAUUUUCAAGUGGGAGAACUUGCACAAUUAGUGGUUGACUAAAUACUUAUUUACCCCACUGUAGGUCAUUUAGAUUGUCUUUUUGAUCAUAUGUUUUAUUUGUUGUAACUGACCCUACCAUUGUUAGGUGAAUUAUUUUCAUUAUGUUCAGACUUACAUGUACCUCUUUUCACUUGCUAAAUGUGCCGGUCCAUUUUUUCUUCCUAAACACACAUUUGAUUGGCUGAUGACCUGACCCCCCCCCCCCCCCCACACACACACACACACAUUAGAUAUUAGGGAUAAUAGACGUUUUUUUUUUCAGCCAGCAGCAGCCACUGUAAGAAAUGUAAAAAGACAUACAGUAAACGUUGCGGAAAAGGGGAACACCUCACUAAUUUUGCUCCUGAAAGUCCGACCUGCAUCAGAGUUAGCAUGACAUUUAACUGUAUGAACUAGCUAACCUGCAGAACUCGAGUAGGUAGCUGCUUAGAGAGAAGUGUCCUGCUGUUUAUGUUUUCUACUGUUAACGUUAAUUUAACUGUGUGAAAUGUAGUGAACCGGGUUUUACCCCCUUCUUCCCUGUUUUACUUUAUUUAAGUGAUCUUAAAGCAGCCCACUGAAGCUUUCAUUUUUUUGUUGUUUGGCUGUGCUUGUGGACAAAAGCAUUAGUUUUUUACCUGAAGGACGGCUCCAUUUUUAUUUAUUUUUUGAUACUCCCAGACAAAGACGUUUUUACGGUUAUAUUUAUUUUUAUUUAUUUUUUAGACAAUAUAGAGUGGUCUUAAGACGAAUGUUUUUUUUUUUUUCAUUCCUGGAUAGUUAAGAGAUGAUUAACAUGCUUGUAUUUAUAGUGUAUGUUAAUAUAAUUUAUGUUAAAAUUAUGCAAAUUAAUUGUGCUCAUAAAAUCUGGACAUUUUUUUCUGGCAGUUUUCAAAAUGUUUCUUUCGCAAUGUUUGAAAACAAAGGUUUGAAUCGUACGGUGUAGGCUGAACCAAUAUACAUAAAAGUUAGUAUUAGUCACUGCAGAUUUAUUUUGCAUUGAUCAUUAAGAAUAUCCCGUUCCCGGCAAAAAGUGUACAUGCAGGUUAUGCCAUAUCGUCCCUACCAAUGUUGAGACCAAACGUACACCCUUGGCGCACCACGACGCCAUUUGACAUUUUUGUUUCUCUGCAUAAUUACUCCUUUUUCAUUGCUGGACCGUAUUCCCCUGCUUUCUUUCAAUUUGGUACUUAUGUUUUUUUUUAACCUACCAUUUGUUGCUUUUAGGCAUUGUGGUGUUCAGGGACUAUGUAGAAAUAUUGAGGAGCUUCAUUCAAACCAUCCUAUAGCCAACCUGCCAUUUUUAUAUCUUACAAUUCACCUUGACAAGUAGUAAACAAUGAUUUAUGCAUAAAAUGCAAUAUAUGCUCCAAAAUGGAAAACUCAUGGUCGGGAAUAUCCGUGUCUUUUGUCGGACUCUGGCGCUGGCCGCCACUGAUAUAACUUUGUGCAAAUUAUACAUUUGAACUUUGCAAACAAUCAUGUGACCAAGAGAGAGAUGAGAUUGAAGUAAAUGAUUUAUUUAUUUAUUUAUUUGGGGAUUCGCUUAGUACCUAUGGAAGCAUAUUGCUAGCGCACCAAGAAACAAAAAAAAUUGAGUAUCACAUUAUGACAUGAUAAGUUUGACGUUACAGUGUGAUCAAUUUUAAGUUUUAUGCUUUAGAAAAGAAUUUAUUUAUAGGGGGAGGGCUGGCAGUGAAUGAUCAUGUUUCAGUAGCAUUGACACAACUGGGAGGGGCUUCCGCCAGUGACCUGAACUGCAAAUAAUUGCUUUGCGGUAAUUUAUCAGGGUAUAGAGCUGAACUGAUCAUGCUGAACAUUGUUAUUUUUCUGCUGUGGCAGCAAAUCAUUUCCGCGAUGGCCCCAAAUGCUUUCUACUUAACCUGCUGUGUUGCUAAUGUUGAUUAGCUUAUGAUGCAUAUUGUGUAUUUAUAAGAUAUAUUUUUAAAAUGCUUAAAAAAAGGUGAAAUUAUGUUAAGUUUUUCUCCUAGGUAAUCAAUAGCUUUAUUCUUAUUGGUUGAGUGUGUUGACGGGUAUGAAAAGGUUGUACAGUCUAAGAAAUGAAAUUGAAUCUAUUUAUUAACGUGAUGUGAAGCUUUUUGCAUCAAUUGAAGCUUUAUGUUCGCCAACUGACAUUAUAAAUAUUAAAAACUUGCUUUUUUGGGGCCAUUUUAAGCAGAAAACUUUGCUUUGUUGCUUCACUGUUUGUAAAUGAUGUGUGAUUAAUGUGUACAGUGAAAGCUGAUAGCUUAGCGACAAUGUACAUACUCUUGUUUUUACUAUAAAAUAUUGUGUGAACUUUAACCAUGUUAUUGUACACUUUUAAUUAAAUAUAUAUAUAUAUAUACAAAAAUAAAUCAUACUGAAAUAUUUGAUGCUUUAUUUUUCAGAAUCAACACUUUAAUUAGCCGUGCAGAUAUACAUUAUGGAAUGAGAAGUAAACAUGCAUUGCAUUUAUGUUUGUUGUGGAACAUUAAUGAAUGAAUGUAUACUGUAUUGUAAAGAACAGUGCGUGUGAGUAUGGAUUUGAUGUAUCAGCACAUAUCUGACAGUACUGCACAAAUAAAGUUGCUAUUUUCAGAGGAAAAUGUGUAUUUUUUU